AUGUAUUCAUUUAAAAUAAAAGAAAGUUCUAAGAAGAACGAAAUUUCAGCAACAGAAGCUAAUGAUGGCAUUAGAAUGUUGUGGACGGCGUGUGGUGAGACGAGGUGGUCCGUGGUGGGCCAACACAAAACAUGGGCCGGGGGUGGUCGGAGACAGGCCCGGGCACGGAGACUCGCAAAACAUGCGAGGGUUCCCGGUACAGCGAGGCGCGCCGGGUGGCCUAACGUAGCGACCUCCACGCAGAACAAACAACUAUUAGGAGAAUGUCCACAAUUGAUACGAGAUCAUCGUUAA